AUGUUCGGCAAUUCCAAGGUUGGCCUGACGGCCAUUACACAAAUGUACCAGGAGAGUUGUCGCUUCUUGAAUGGCGAAUUGUGGCUGGCAGAUCCAGCUGGGGAGGUCAUGAUGCCUCUGCCGCAUUCCACUGAGCUGGUGCCGGGUCGUGUGGUCAGUUCGCAUGACAAUCCUGUCUCUUUCCCCUGCGAACAGCUUCAUGCUACAAUGCCCUGGGAGGGGGGCACACGCUGGGCCAUUACGGCAUACUCGGUGCCAGGGCUCGAGGUGAUGGCUCCGGCAGCUCGGGCUGCCCUUGUGGAUCUUGGUUUUCCUUUGCCAGUGGCUUCGGAUGGCGUGCUAGUUCCUUCUGUGCCGCCUUCGCCUUCGGAGCAGCCCGCUCUGAACGUAGUUCCUACGGAGGGUUGGCAAAUGCAAGUCUUUCUGGAUGUUUGUUCGGGCGCUUGCGCUCCGUUGUCUGAGGCAAUGUUGCAGCGUGGCGUUUCCUGUCUCCCCAUCGAUAUCAUCCGAGAUUCGGUCAUGCAAGAUUUGCUUAAUGAUUCAGCCUUCCAUGCCCUGUUACGAGUGGCUUCAAGCGGCAUUGUCAAAUUUGCACAUGCUAGUCCAAUUUGCCUUGAGUUUUCUCGCCUCAAAACACUUGAUGGCGAUGGUCCUCGCCCCAUUCGCACAGAGGAUUACCCGGAAGGACUGCCGGAUCUGUCGGCAGAAGAACAAGCUCGUUUGCACACCAGCAAGCUGUUGUUGACGCGGUGCUUGGCUAUCCUGGAGGUGGCUUUUGCCGCCGGCGCGCAUGUCUCCCUGGAGCAACCUCGUAAUGCUCUAAGUUGGCUGUUACGUGAAGUGCAGGCCUUCCUUCGGUUGGUUAGCGCAGACCUGGUUGUGAUUCCAGCAUGCAGUGUUGGGGUUUCGCUUCACAAGCAUUGGCUUCUGGCGUCUAGCUGGCGGCCUUUGCAAAGUCUUGCAGCUACGUGUGCGCAUGCUUAUAGUGAGCACUUUGAUAUUCGCGGCGUGCGUGAUGCUGAUGGCAAUUGGCUCUCCAAAAGUACGGCUGAGUUUCCGCGGGAGCUUUGUGAAAAGUUUGCGGACGCAGUCAGUCGGAUCUGCUUCGGGAUCUUCGUCAGGCUUGGCUGCCAUGGUUGGCAGAGCAUCAUGUUCCCAUGCGCCUGCGCAAGCAUGUCCUGGAAAAUUGUAAGGAUUUUGUGGGUCGCUCACGCUCUGUUUGCGUACGUGGACGAUUUUUUCCUGAUCCAGAACAAGGGCGUGAUAGAGUUGUGCUCCAGCUUGAUCCUUGCAUUUUGCGCCUGCUUCAGCGUCCCUAUAAGUUGGGCCAAAUUGCAAUUGGGGCUGACUGUGCGUUGGAUCGGCUGGAAUUUUCACCUGGGGUCUUGCACUUUCAGUUUGCCUGAGGACAAAUUGGCAAAAAUCUUGCACAUGUGUUUGGCUGUUCUAAAACCAAAAACCACUUCAAAGAAGGAACUGGAAUCGCUCAUUGGCCUGUUGCAUUGGGUCAUUCAGAUCGUUCCACAUCUGAAGCCUUGGUUAAGUUGCUUGUAUGAGGAUAUGGCAAGGCCGCUAGCCACGAGUUUCAGCUUGAAUCCUGGGGUUUGGGCUGCGGUGCCUUCAGCGCUUGAUGAUAAGCUGGUGUUCACAAGCUCUCCGGCGGGAUCUGGCAUUCCGGUGGGUGGUAAGUUAUUAUCAGCCAAGCACGUUGAGCUGCGUCGCAAAUCGGACCUGCGCUUGGUUCAGCCUUCAGGCAAGAGGCUCUGGCUGCGUGUGGCUGAUCCGCGCACUUCCAAACGCAGGUUGUCGGCUUUGAGCAAGGCCUUUUUGCAGUUCUGGCUGCGUUGGGCUAUGUCAGGGCCUACUUUCCGUAUGUUGCGGUCACCGCCUGCUAUGUCACCGCAAAUGGCAGCGGCUGAUGCUAUGGCACAGGGCGACAAGAUCGGCAUAGGUGGCUUUGCUUCUUUCGGGGAGGGCCACAAUAUUUGGUUCUCAGAGCGGUUUGCGGUUGCAGAUUUCUUGGAUUUAGGGGUCCUAGUUCAAGCAGCGGCUGAGCGCGAUAUAACGUCUUAUGAAACGCUAGCCCAACAUGCCCUCCUCAUGUUGGUGGCUACAGCAAUCCCCUCGGGCCGCCUUUGCGUCCGCUUGCAGACGUUGAGCGACAACACUGGGGCGGAGAGCUCAAUCAAUAAGAUGUUUUCAACAACUUAUCCGGUGUGCUUGUUUCUGCAGAAGAUGGCUACUUUCAGUGCAUUGUCAGGCAUUGCUUUGGAGGUAGGCCAUGUUCCAGGCGCCAACGACCAAGCUGAUUUCCUGUCGCGUUGGGAUGGAGUUUCUGCACUGCCCGCAGAGUGGCAGCUGUCACACAGGGUGGAUCUGCCACUUUCCAGACUUUGGCAUUUCCGCACUGAUGUGCGAGUUUGGCCUGCAGACGCUACGCUUCUGUGGGAUCCGCCUCGGGAUUAA